AUGGCUUCCCGAUUCUUCGAUAUUGUACCUAUUGCUCUACAAUCUUCAUCGAAUCUUGAUUAUAUUCACUCACCCUUAGUUUCACUUGAAACAGCUGUGCAGCCAGUCGCACAUCUGAUCGAUAACCUUUCGCUCAAUGUGAAUAAGGCAAAACAGGUUUGGUCCAUAUUAACUCCAGAAAACGGAUUAACUACUGAUGAAGCAGCAGCCAUUCAUUUGUAUACGACAGAAACCAACUCAUAUCGCAGUAUUUAUCGUCGCUUAAAUGAAGCACUUCGUUUGAAUAUUAGUUCGUAUAUUCUUGUUUGGCACCUUUACCUCAAAUUACUUCGGACCGGCCUCGAAAAAAUUCCAUCAAGAAAGACCACGGUAUGGCGUGGCGUGCGUAAAGAUUUGAGUCAUCAGUUGUAUAAAGGUAAACGUUUUACAUGGUUAUCUGUAACGUCCUGUUCUGGAUCUGUCAAUCAGAUUAAGAAUUUUCUUCGCGGAAAAGGAACGAUAUUUACGAUUGACAGUGUCAACGGUAAACCGAUUUCGUCCUAUUCACAAUUUAAAUCGGAAGAUGAAGUCAUUUUGUUACCCGGUACUGAACUAGUGACGGUUGCCGAUCCACUCGAUGUCAAUGGAGUGUGGAUCAUUCAUUUACGGGAACUAGCCAAAACUUCGAACGCUUAUCUCAAAACGACCGUAUUACCACUAGUGCAAAGUGCUAAAAGUCAUAAAUCUGCUGCACCUUCGCCAUCUCCGCAUCACGUGCUUAAAUUUCUAAUAUUGAGUAAAACACCACCAGGAACACCGUUUGGAAACUCAAUCACAUUACCCAAAAUAACAACGAAAACUAGUAAUGUGAAGAAUGUUACAUAA